AUGUCAUCAUACAGCGUCCUCACUUCAUUACCAGAGGAACAUUUCCGUUGUUCUAUCUGUCUGGUCUUCACAGAGCCAGUCACCACACCUUUUGAUCAAAACCUCUGUAGGACCUGCCUCACUCAGCAAUGGAGCAACAGCAAGUUUUAUCAGUGUCCAAAAUGUAAGUGAAAUGUCAGUCCAAAUAAAGAGAAGAAAAGGGAGGCACUUGAAAGUGCCAACACACCGUGGCAGGUGAUAUGUGAUGUGUGUACAGAUGUAAAGUUCAAGGCCUCCAAAUCGUGCCUUGUGUGUCUGACUUCAUACUGCGAUGGACACCUGGAGCCUCACCAGCUGGUCCCUGCCCUGAUGAAACACAAGCUGGUGGACCCUAUGGAGAACCUGGAGGAGAAGGUUUGUGAAAAGCAUGCAAGGAUCCUGGAGUUUUUCUGCAGAAAGGAACGAGUGUGUAUCUGUCUGCUGUGCUGUGAAGCGGAACACAGAGACCAUGAGACAGUUCCUGUUGAAGAGGAAGGGGAACUGCAGAAAGUGAGUCCUUAG